AUUCCCGUAUUCAGUUGUUAUCUACACGCCAAGCGUAAUACAAUGUGUCUAGUGUUUUAGUUUGGCCUAAAUUAAUGAUGAACUUUUUCAUAUAAAAUGAAUAGCAUAUUUUUUAAUUUCGUGUUUUCUCUAAUACUUUUUACAUUGUGCAAGAGUGCUAUCGUCCCAAGGAUCCCGGUUAAUCUACAAGAAUGCUACAGAGGUGGUGGACCGCCUCUUAUGGCACCAAAACGUCUGGACGUCUACAUCUCCCUACUGAGAAAACUGGAACUCAGUUCUAGACUUGAUAUUAAACUAUUUAGUACUUCGUUACUCCGCAGUAUCAGGCUAGAUGGCGUUGAAGAGUCCCAGAGCGGUGUAGAAACAGAAUUUGUUUUACCAUUUCGAGCUGGAGACUUCCAGUUCCAUAGGUACCAGAUUCUCAUGGACCUGUUUCUGCCAACCCAGAAUCUUCUAGAAGUGGAUGACAUACUGUCCUUGUCAGAAAAAUGUCUCUUGCAUAGAAUGAUGAGUUCAUCUGUGCGACAGUGGGAGAGAGGAGAUGAGAACAUUGCUUGCCCACUGUCAGCCCAGCAGAGGCAAAAUAUGGCGACUCAAAGUUCUGGUAGGAUCCACAGUAGAUGUCCGAUUGAAGAAGGCGUCAUACAAACAGACUGGGGACCAAUAGCUCCAGGUAUUCUGGUAGCAGCAGUUGCAGCGUCGUUAGAGCCCCAGCGUGUUCUAAUGUCGGAUAUCCUGAACGCUGACAUAUUCAAGGCGGGCAUAUCGGAGCCUCUCAUGGUGUUAGCGAAGCAAGAGUGGUAUGAGGACAUAGAGGCUUUUAAUGUUGAGGAGCAGCCUGCAGUACCAGAUAUAAGUAACGUGUGGGUUGCUACACUAGCGGGUGAUCUAGCUGAAGUUGUAGUUAACCAAGGCCCAAGAGUAGGAUCGGUGGCCCACGCGCUUGGUGUUGGAAGUAGCAACAGAUGGAACGAUACUCUGUUGCCUCGAGAUUUUUAUUUACUACCAAGGAAUGCGUCGAAUGUUGAUUGGCAUUUUACUGACGCGGAAAUGCUUGCAGGUGUCGAUGGUCUGAUUCUAGCAAACUUCAUACCGAAAUGGGUGGAACAGAGGCGCACCUUGCGUCUAUCACAGAUCCUAGACAUGUACUACUCUCACGAGGGCGUGUCUUUCGACCCUAGCGUGAAGGCGUGUAAUCGGCAAGCGUUGUUCAACCAAUUGUUUACGGGCCCAAUGCUUCUGACUGAGGCUUCCAGGUUCGCACGAGUGCUGGCCUUAAGGCAGAUCACUGUGUAUGUGGCAGGUGACGAAAUGGACAGGAUAACUGAGGCAGCUGUAGCAGCUUUCAUCAGCUAUGUUCCGAACGUCCUAAGUCAGAAUCAUUUGGCUUGCCAUGCUAGCAUCAGCGUACCGGUCAUCGAUAUGGUGGUGGCCACGGAUGGAGCCUGGAAACAAUAUGAUGUCGAACAGUUUAUGUCGUGGCUUGGUGGAGCCUUGGAGAUCAAUCUGCAGCGCAGCUCCUUGGCGCUGCUUCAUGGGAAUACCGGCGAGUGGAUAGUGCCACCAUGCAACAAUCUAACAGCAGUUUUCGACUACCUCACCAAUUAUACUGACCCAUGGCCUAAUCGUCUGAAUCUCCCGAACAUCAUAUCAAGAUCUAUCAGAAUCUCUCGCGAGAAGACUUUGGAGGAGGCCGAGUUGCAAGUCAGCGCUGGACCUAGCACGAUGAUGCUCAUCAUCAGCCCAAGUGACCGACCCUCAGGCACUGAGUUGGAAAGGGCCACGGAUCUUAUGCACUCCCUUAGGACCAGCUUUUUUGACGUCUACUUCGUAUACGCAGCACGAGACCUGACCGACUUUCAGAACAUAAACAAUGAGUAUUUGGAUUACUCGGAACUGUUUCUUGCGACAACAUCAACGAGCGUGGCUUCUGUAAUUGAGGCUGUGGAUGCUUCGGUGGUAAGAAGUGUGAUACCGACCAGGAUCUUUGGACCCCAUUGUCCAUUCAACGGUAGCUCCUUCGACCAAGUAGAAUACGAGGACUUUGUACUGCCAGAACGCAAGGUGAUUUAUCGGAUACACCCUUUUCAUCUCAGACUACAACCUCUAAUCAAUAUUCAAAUUCGCAACGAUGGACAAGGCGCGCUACUUGUGUGCUCUUGGCGCGGCGCCGAUGAGUCCCACUCGUGUCAAACUGUCCCUGAGCGCGAGACCCACGUCUUCAACCUGACUAACCCGUGCCCUUCCGCCGACUUCUGUAUACCUGCCUAUUAUACCGUUGCUGCGUCUACAUCGGGAAAUAUUUGUGCUAACGAUGACUGCCGAUUGCCACAUCAAGUUGGCUACUACAUUCGACAUUCUGGGUUAAGAUGUUUGCCUCUUCGUGGAGCAGCAAAUAUAGUGCGAAUUAAAUUUUAUUUUGUACUGUUAGUGGUUAUCGUGUUUUUAAUAUCUUGAAAGUGCAUUUUCUUAUUUGUGAAAAAACAAUAAAUUAUCAUUUUAUACAUUUUAAUACAAAA